AUGGCAACCAUACCAGUCAUCGUAAAACACCAGGGAACCAAGUAUGACAUUGACGUCGAUCCCGAGUCUACCGGUGAUGUGUUCAAGUUUCAGCUUUACAGUGUUACAGGCGUAGAGCCCGAACGCCAAAAGAUCUUGGUCAAGGGUGGCCAAGUGAAGGAUGAUACCCCCAUGAGCAAGUUCGAUUUCAAGCCUGGUCAGACUAUAAUGAUGCUUGGGACUCCAGGGAAGGAAGGUCAAGAGGUCCUUGCUCGACCGAAAGAACCGAUCAAGUUCGUUGAAGAUAUGACGGAGGCCGAAGCAGCUCAGCAAGAAGGUGCUAUACCCGCUGGUCUGGCUAACCUUGGCAAUACCUGCUACCUUAACUCCACGCUCCAGACCCUCCGCGCUAUUCCAGAGCUCCAGAAUGCUUUGACCAAGUAUGAACCCCAGAACGCAAGUACCACUGGUCUUUUACCGCCCCUGGAUUUGACCAAGCAAUUACGAGAGCUCUACAAAUACAUGUCUCAGACUCAGGAGGCAUACACCCCCCAGGUAUUUCUAACUGCAUUGCGGACUGCUUUUCCUCAGUUUGCCGAGCGCUCGCGGACUGGUCAUGGCUUUGCCCAGCAGGAUGCGGAGGAGGCAUGGUCUCAAAUUGUCACUCAGUUGCGCCAAAAGCUGCGCGUAAAGGAUGCUCCCGAUGCCCCUGAGACUUCUUUUAUCGAUAAAUAUAUGCAGGGAGAGUUUACAUCCGAACUCGAAUGCGACGAGCCUGCAGCUAAAGAAGGCGGAGAGCAGCCUGUUGUCUCUAAGGAAGCUUUCCUGAAGUUGAACUGCCACAUCGAUGGCAAUACGAAUCACUUACGAGACGGAAUUGCGAACGGUCUAAGCGAGAAGGUAGAGAAGAGGUCAGAAGUCUUGGGCAGGGAUGCUGUCUAUACCAAGACCUCUAAAAUUUCACGACUACCCAAGUACCUAACAGUACAUUUCGUUCGUUUCUUCUGGAAGCGAGAAACCCAAAAGAAGGCCAAGAUCAUGCGAAAGGUCACUUUCCCCCACGAGUUGGAUCUUGUGGAAUUUUGUGACGACAAGCUAAAGGGAAUGCUUGUUCCAGUUAGAGACAAAGUCCGAGAAGUUCGGAAGGAUGAGGAAGAUAUUGAACGUGCGCGCAAGCGACGUAAGCGAAAUGCCGCUGGCGAGGACGAGGCCGAUAUUCCGGGUGGUAAGGGUGCCAAGAAAGAUGAUAAGAAGGAAGAAAGCAAAGCUAGCACCUCAGCGGACGGCGAUGUAGAGAUGGGCGAGACUUACAAGACGGAUGCCGAGAUUGACGCAGAACGCGACGCAGCUCUUCUCGCAGCUAAGAAGGAACUUAAUGCUCUUAUUGACCCAUCAUUAGCAAAUGAUGAUGGCGCGAACCAGUCCGGUUUGUACGAACUACGAGGUGUCGUCACGCACCAGGGCGCAAGCGCUGAUAGCGGUCACUAUACGGCUUACGUCAAGAAGACGGCUCCGGUCGAUACUAAAUCGGGAAAGCGAAAGGAAGAAGACGGAAAGUGGUGGUGGUUUAACGACGACAAGGUGUCGGAGGUAACGGCAGACAAGAUCGAAGCGUUAGCCGGUGGUGGCGAGUCGCACUCGGCUCUCAUCCUGCUAUACCGCGCUAUCCCGCUGCCUUCUGCCGAGGGCACGAUCGAGUAA